AUGACUGCCUGGCGAGAUGUGCUUUACCACGUGUUCCAUAGAUUACCUGCAUACAUUGUAUGCAGGUUUAAGUGCGUAGGAAAAAGAGUGGACUACACCAGGAUCCCCAGAUUUUGUGAGGAACAAGCAGACCAUAUGCUGUCAGUUGGCGAUCUCCACAUCUUCACUUCUCCGGUCUCUGACUAUCACCAAGUUACAGGGGUGGGUCUACAUAAUUUAUUAGAGGACGGGCCUGCGGCUGGUGUUCCGACAGACUUUUUCAAUGUCGUUGCACGGUCGGGGAAGAUUCUUUCGUCAUGGAAUGGCUUGAUUGUUGUCCGUUUAAGGCGGAAAAAAGUGCUUCGUCUCUUGAUCUGUAAUCCUGUGACCAGUUCAUGGGCUCCCCUCAGGACACGUUGUGGUGAGUACGACGCGAAUGCGAAUGUCAAUAUCAUCAUCAUCCCAGCUACGGCCCCGACCCGCAAUGAUUACCGAUUGCUUUCGGUCACCCGACAAAAUAAGAUUUUCCCGCCUUAUGUCUUGAAGGAGUACAACCAAAUAGAGGACCAGUGGCAAGUUCUUUACCCAGACAUGAAUUUGGGUGACCGGAAAUUGAAUAUUAGUAAACCUGCAAUUGUGAAUGAAUGGCUAUAUUUUAUGUCUGACAAUUAUCAUUACAUGAACUUCAUUGAUGAUGCUACCAUCAUGCCAUACAUAAUGGCCUACUCACUCAGUGAUCAUACAAGCGUGCGCUUGGAACUUCCCAAUAAUGCUCUUGAAUAUCUCUUCCACGGGUCAUAUGGAGUUUUCACAUGGGGCUGUAGAUGGACAUCUGAAGAGUCUCUUUGCCUAGUAAGGUUUAUUAACUCUUCCUUCACUCUUUUCACUUGUGCAGCCCCUACUUCUCAAAAUUCUUCGUGGGUUCAAAUUCUUCAUAUUACCAUGGAAGAUCUACUGCUUUCUGCAGCCCGUUCUUCACCCGUCUCGAUCUUUAGAGAGCCUAUAAGAUGGCCCUAUACUGUUGUUAAUGGAAACUGUUUAAUCUUUGCAACCAGAGAAAAAAUUUACGGGUACAACAUAAAUGGUCCAUAUCCCUGGAAAUUGAGGCAACUAGGGAUCAAAGAUUCGAGGACAAAUAUUAACUUUAUUCCUUACUCUAGUACGUUUCGACGAUGUCGCUGUCCUCAUCCAUCUUCUUUGAAAAAGUUUCUUGCUAACAACUAUUAA